CGCCACCAGGGAAGCCCUGUCUCCCCUAUUUUGAAAGCUCUUCCCUUUCCUCCUCUUCUGUCUCAGGCUCUCUCUGCCCUUGGUUUCCUUGACUCUCUCACUUCCACCCUGUUGCCCCUUCCAUGAAACACUCAGGGAGGAGUCCAGGUAUCUACCUGCCCCACUCUCCCUGAGGCUUCAUUACAGGAGUUGGGGAAGAUCCCAGAUCACCUUGCGUCAUUGGCCUCAGGGCUGCUGGCUAGUUUGCAGAGGAGGGGAGAAGGAGAGGGCCUGGGUCUUCCCUCCAGAGCCAUACUAGGGCCCCCGCCCCCCUCCAUUUAACUGUAAAUCUCACUAAUUGUCAUUAGCCAAGAAGAGUUUCUACCUGAUUAGAGGGUGUCCCGCCCCAUGUCUACCUUGUCUCCUUCUCUCAACCCGUAAAUCGCAUGAGCUGGGACAGAGUUAAAAGUUGUAUCAGCUGCUGGUCUGGGACAGACAGACGGAAGGAAGAAGACAGGUGGUGCAGCAUGACAGGUGGCUGAGAGACCAGGUGAACAGCAGGAGAGUUGCCUGAUAGGGUGGCUGGCAGAUGAAGAGACAAGCAGGCAGGGGGCCAGACAGAUAGCAGAGAGACCGACAGGCUGAGAUUGCAAUGGUCACAUGGAGGAACCGGCAGGCGGAGAAGCAAGAACCUGGAAGUGGACCACCAUGGUGUCCAGCACCUUUUUUCUCCUGUGUUUGAUUGGGCUCAGCCACGAGGGCUCACAGAAGGUUUUUAAAGGCACGGAGUGUAUCCCUCACUCUCAGCUUUGGCAGGAGGGGCUGUUUGAAGGUACACAGCUGCGCUGUGGGGGAGUCCUCAUCGACCGCAGGUGGGUUCUCACAGCUGCUCGCUGCAGCAACAGCAGGUACUGGCUGAGCCUGGGGGAACACAGCCUCAGCCAGAUGGACUGGACCAAGCAGAUCCGGCACAGUGGCCUCUCCGUGACCCACCCUGGCUACCAGGCAGCCCUGCAGAACCAAGACAAUGACCUCCGGCUUCUGCAACUGGGCAUCCCUGUUCUCUUGACCCGCAGCAUCCAGCCGUUGCCCCUGCCCACGACCUGUGCAGUGGCUGGCACCAGGUGCCACAUCUCGGGCUGGGGCACCACCAACCACACAAGGAACCAGUUGUCAGACCGACUCCAAUGCCUUAACCUCUCUAUCGUCUCUAACGCCACCUGCCGGGCAGCGUUCCCCGGGAGAAUCACGGACAACAUGGUGUGUGCUGGCGGCAUCGCUGGGGAGGAUGCCUGCCAGAGGAGGCUGCCCCUCCCUACUGGCCAGGGCCCCAGCCACUGUCUUGGAGAGAACUCUUAAGGAGUCCCGUCCUCCUUCGCUGGGAUUGGUCACUGGUGCCUGUGCUCUCUUCCCCCAUUGGUCAGAGCCUACCCAUUGUCCUUGAGGGAACGCUCUACCCAGCAUAGAGCCCCGCCCUCCUUCCUUGGCGUUGGCCCCUAGGGACAGUGUGUUCUCUAUUAGUCAUUGCUGUUGUCCUCUGGGAACUUGUGUGUUCUUUUUUCUCUGCUGACGAGGCUUGGAGCCACGGUCCUCAAGGCCCAGGAAUGGGCGAGGGGGCAGGAGGCUGUGGAGAGGAAAACUGGAAAAGGAUUUCUUCCAUAUUCAGAUCAUGCUCCUUCUCCUCUGCCUUCCAGAGUGACUCUGGGGGUCCCCUAGUAUGCGGAGGAGUCCUUCAGGGUCUGGUGUCCUGGGGAUCCGUGGAGCCUUGUGGGCAAGAAGGAAUCCCAGGGGUCUACACCAAUAUUUGCAAAU